AGUCUCGUUCCGUUCUCCCGCGCAGUGCGCUCUCGACAACGACCGUUUUUGUUUUCAUUCAAUUCGCCGGUUCGAAACGAGAGCGCUAUAUACCUGCUCUCUUUCUCCGCCCUUGCCCCUUUGUCCUUGGCGGCCUUGGCACAGCUCUGGGAGAAAAUCUGUUUUCCUCCCUCUCUCUCUCUCUCUCUCUCGCCGAAUAUUCAAGACGACGACGUACAACGCACGGCAUCUCCAAUGGGCUUCGAAAUCAUUACCGAACGUGAGUUUUUGAGAAGUGUUCGAUCCAAGUUGCGUUGACAAUACGAUAAACGGAAAUAAAUUUGGCACAUAUUCCGAAUAUGUGCUUUUCGAGAGAUCGAGAUCCAAGGUGUUGACAAUUUUUGACCGAGACUGUGGUAGUAGCUCGUUGUCGUUGCCACAUUUCAGCGAGUGCGUGCGUUCGAAACCGCGUAAUCCGUACGCACACACGAGAGAGUAAGUAAACGAAAGGGCAACAAAACGGAUGUGUGCCGCACGUGCGCGCGAAAUUACGCGAUUCUGUUUUGUCGAGCCGCUGUCAACCGUCCGUUCUCUGCAGUGUGCAACGUAUAGGCGGCCUACGCUGGAAGAGGAGCUGGCAGAAACCACAAGCGGCACGAAUCAAAGAGAGCACGCGUGAGUAAACAAUGGAGACGGAGGAGCACAACACGCCCCAGAGUCUGCCCGACACCCAGAACGCGGACUCGCAAGCCUUCACGCAGUCCCAGGACACUUUGACUCCCGGCAACUCGCAGCCGGUACCGAGGAUCUGGGGUCGGCUCUGUCCUCACGACAGCAGCUUCCAGUUUCAGACCGUAGUUUUGAUGAAGGACGAGUACACGUUCGGCCGCCUUCCCACACCGCACUGUGAUAUCUCUGUAAAGGACAAGCUCCCACCAAAGAAAGAACAAGUUAUAAGCAAAAUACACUUCAGGAUAAUCCGGGAGACUACUGUCACAUCUAACGGCUUUGAAGAUGAUGUUGUGUACUUGAGAGACGAGAGUGCAAAUGGCACGUUUGUUAAUGGCAAACUCAUUGGAAAAGGAAACACCGUGGUCUUGGUUAACAACGACAUGAUUGCAAUUGCCAAGAAUAACUACAAUGUAUUCGUUUACAUGAGUACGAGCGGAUAUGACGAUUCAUUCCUCCCUGAAGAAUUGAGACUCAGGUAUGCAGUAUCUAGAACACUGGGUGCCGGUGCUUGUGGUGAAGUCAAACUUUGUUUCUCCAAGACUGGAGAGGCUGGCAAAAAAUUUGCCAUGAAAAUCAUAUCUAAAAUGAAAGUUGGUACCAGUGGACACAAGAAUCCAGUCAACGAUGAGAAAAGUAUAAUGAAUGAAGUUGACAUAUGCAAGAGGCUCAAGCAUCCAUGCAUUAUAAAAAUAGAGGAGUUUUUUAACUCACCAUCCAUGGUAUACAUAAUAUUAGAAUUGAUGGAAGGAGGAGAACUAUUUGAAAGAAUAAAAAAAAAUAAUGGCCUGUCUGAAAGUAAUGCUAAAUUUAUAUUUUACCAAGUCGUAUUAGCAGUAAAUUAUUUACACCAAAAUGGCAUUACACACAGGGACUUGAAGCCAGAAAACAUUUUGUUGACUGGUCAUGAAGAUGAGACCAUUGUGAAAGUUUCAGACUUUGGUUUAUCGAAAUUUGUAGAUUCACAAACUAUGAUGAAAACUUUUUGUGGAACGCCCAUGUAUGUUGCGCCUGAAAUUCUAAAAACUGGUGGUAAGGGUGCAUACACUAGUCAGGUUGAUGUGUGGAGUUUGGGUGUUAUUUUGUACUGUUGCUUGAGUGGACUUGUUCCAUUCAAAAUCCAUGACAAGACCAUGUCAUUAUAUGAUCAAAUUCUAAGUGGAAAGUACCACUUCAAUUGUUCCAAGUUUUUCAAUGUUUCACCAAGCGCGAAAGAUUUGAUUAGAAGAAUGAUGACUGUGGAUCCACUCAAGCGCAUCACAAUCCAAAGGGUCCUUAUGCAUCCUUGGUUGAGAGAUAAUGAAAUGCUUACCAAAGUGAACAAAUUGUUGGGCCUUACAGGCAAUGAGAAUGUUGUACCUACUCGACCAUUACAUAAUAAUAUUCCUAACAGUGUUGAUAUGCCACAAUUCAAACGAGCUCGUUUGGAGUAAAUAAUCAUAAACUUUUUUAUCAAGCGUGUAUAGAUUUGUUUAUAGGCUAGUGUAUUUAAAAAACAAUUUUAAAGUAUCUGUAAAGUCAUGAUAUAAGAUUCAUAAGAUUUAUACUUUCGUGCUUAAUCUGUAAUAGAUUACUCCUAAUAUAUUGCUCUUUAAAAUAAUAUUUCUAUUUUCAUAGUUUGCGACUUUUAAUCUGUACAGAUUAAUAUAAUUGUGAUAUUAGCAAUGAGUGAAAAGAUUUUUUUCAAUUUUUGUAUAGUAAUUUAUGUAUUAUUUAAGUAGAUAAAGAUAAGACAAUCUUUUUCCAAGAUUCAGAAUACAAAAUGAUUUAUAACUGCUUGCAAGAAGCAAUUUGCUAUUGACAAAUAAACAAAUCUGAUAUUUUACUAUA